GUCGGGCAUUCUGGGUAAUUCGCUGUUUACUUCCCGUGAGCGAGGGGGCUGUGGCACAGUCGCUCGUUGUUCUUCCAUCGGAGAGGAUGGCUCUGGAGACGGUGCCGAAGGACCUGCGGCAUCUGCGGGCCUGUCUGCUGUGUUCGCUGGUCAAGACUAUAGACCAGUUUGAAUAUGACGGUUGUGACAAUUGUGAUGCAUACCUUCAGAUGAAGGGUAACCGAGAAAUGGUAUAUGAUUGCACCAGCUCUUCCUUUGAUGGAAUCAUUGCGAUGAUGAGUCCAGAGGACAGCUGGGUCUCCAAGUGGCAGCGAGUCAGUAACUUUAAGCCGGGUGUAUAUGCCGUGUCAGUCACUGGUCGCCUGCCCCAAGGAAUCGUGCGGGAGCUGAAAAGUCGGGGAGUGGCCUACAAAUCCAGAGACACAGCUAUAAAGACGUAGCAAGAUGCAUGGCUGCCAGCAUCUUUGCUCCCCAUCUCCUGCCUCUCCUUAUUUUUUGUUGUGGAACUAAAUAAGCAGAGCUUCAAAUACUUCCCACUCUCCAGUUCUGAGACUCAGCGGACCGUUGAGAGAGCAGUACAGCAUGUCCCUGGGCCAUUUUAUCUUCUUUGGACUACUGGUGGGGGUGGGAGGGGUUUGGAUUGGUGGAUUAACAGAGACUGAAUUGGUUGGGGUGUAGGAUGCUGGUUUUCCUACCCACAGCCCAGGGCUGUGCCCUUGUGCAUGGGCAGGAGUCUGGGUCAAAUGCCAAUAAACAUGAACCCCUGAAAAGGUUCUUAAGCCCAUGA